AUGUAUUAACCAAGAAGAUUAUCUCCUGCAUCCUCUAGCCCACUUUAUAGAAAUGUAAAUGUCUAACGUAUUAAUUCAUUAUUCAAUUUAGAAUAAAAUUAAAUUAAAUUAUAACUAAAAUAAAUCACUCCUACUAAUAAUAUUCCACCUUAUGUUUAAAUCAUAUCAUAAAACCCCCAUAAAUCAAAUACUUAUAGCUCUUAUGAAAAUAAUUCAAGAUAAAUUUCUAAAGAAAGAGAUAACACUUAAACCAAUCAAUCUAAAGAUUAAAUAUUAAAUUAAAAUUAACAUGAAUCAUUAUUUUAACAUUAAACCUAGUCUUUAUUAUAAAAAAAUGAAAUCCAUUAAAUUUACUAAUAUAUAGAUAACACUAUAAAGACCUAAAAAUCAGAAAUAUUCAAAGUCUUAGAUCAUCAAAAUAAACAAAUAGAAUUUUUGUAAUAAAUUAUUAUAAACUAAUCAUAAUAAAAUCAAAAUGCAUCCUAAUAAUUUCUGUAAUUAUAAACUUAGUUAGAGGAAAAACUCUCCAAUUUUAUAAAUAAAUAAAUUAAAGAUCUUUCAAAUAGAUAAUCAAAUAUUAAUAAAACUGAACUUGAAUCUAUCAAUAAAUAAUUAGAAAAACUUAGAGCAUAAAUAUUUUAGAUCAAUAUUACAAAUAGCAAACUAAUAACUGAAAAACUUUAAUCAUCUUAUACAAAUGAUACUGAAAAUUAAAUUAUUAAUCACUCUUAAAGUCAAAAACCUUUUCUAACUGAUACCCUAACUCAUAAUAUCGAUCAAAAUUUAAAAAUUAUGAAAAAUAACUAUUUAAUGGAUAGAGAUUAUUCAUCAUCAUCACAUCCUUUAAACGAUAUUACUAAUAUAUAAAUUAAAUAUAUCAAAAGCUUGCAAUAAAGUCUAUAAAAUUCAAAACUAUCAAAAUGUUCUUCUAAUAAUAAUAAAUUGUAAGAAGGUUCUCCUAUCGAACUCUUUAACGAACAAAAUAUUCUAGACAGCCUUGAUAAUAUUAAAGUUUUUGAUCCUUAAGUAUAACAACACUCAGAAAAUCCAUCAGAUUCUACUAUCAAUUAUAAUUCUAUGGAUUUAUCACAAGCAAGAAUGUCUACUAUAUAAGAGAAUGAAAAUGAAGAAGAUGAAUGCGUUUAUUAGAUUGUUGACAAACAAUCGCAGCCUUUUAAAGUUGAAAAUCACAAAAAAUCCAAUGAUUAAAUAAAAGUUAAAUAGUGUAAAAGCAAGACAUUAUAUUAUUGA